AUGUCUCACCCUGAUGCAGUGAAAGAUGGUGCACAUAACGGCCUGACAGCUCGACUCGACCCCAGGGGUGUAGAUAUACGGCGAUCCGCACAAUACUCAAUCGCUGCGGCUCAUGUCAUUACACGUCAUUGCAGCGUGUUGGAGGCUGACGAGUCUAUCGGUUCCGGUGGAUCAGAAAAGACGCUUACACACUGGGCACGCUUCUUCAGCAAGCUGACUCUUUUCUUGACAAUCUACACGACACAAUCUCUACCUUUGAAUACAACGUCACUUUCAACCUACCUGAUGCAUCUCCCAAACUCAGGGGACAUGUCAGUCCCGACACAGACUUGUGCGCCAACCCAGAGCGCCAUGCAACAGGAAUUCGGGGAAAUCUGUGCCCAAGUGCUACUCCGACCCAUUGCGCGCAUGAAAAUGGGCAAGUCCUUUGUUGCUCAAGGCGGCGACUCUCUGCUCGCAAUUAAACUCAUGUCACGCUGUCGCGAGGCUGGCUAUGAUGUCAGCAUCGCCGAAAUACUUGGUGCUACUAGCCUUGAUGAGCUCGCAAGGAUUGCUGCGUCGCAGAAGAUGCCCUCAGCCGGGGAAGCUUUGACGACACCCGACGCCAAAGCAGCGACCGAGCCAUUCGAGAAGCCUGUGUCACUGCUAAAGGAUGACGUCGUGUUGGAUCAGAUCAAAAGCAUCAUGGAAGAGCCAUUGGAAGUCAUUCAAGACAUCUGGCCGUGCUCUCGAACACAAGAAGUCUUUCUCAUCUCCCAACAAGCCAACCCGGAAAUGUAUCAGUGUGCUGUGGUCGCCGAGAUUAAAUCUACAGAAACUGGUACCCCGCUAGAUUAUGGCCGUCUUAUUGAUGCCUGGAAUCGCAUUGUGGAACAGUACGCGGCACUGCGAACCCUUUUUGUUGAGAGUAGUCAAAGGCCCGGCCAUUUCGACCAAGUCAUCAUGAGACACGAGGCUGUACCAUUGAAGUGCCACCUGAGUAGUGACGGAUAUGAAGAGUCUGCCAAGGAAAUGAUUUCGCGCCGUUCUGUCGGGUCGAUGAAGAAGGGAACUACAGGUCGAGCGACAAUUUGGAAACGCUCAGAAACUUGUGCCGUCUUCAGAUUAGACGUCUCUCAUGCGCUGAUGGACGGUCAGUCCUUUGGCAUCCUCUUUCGCGACUUUGCCAAGGCCUAUUGUCAGAAUGAGUUGCCCGCCUUCACAGAGUUUCCAUAUCACAAGUUUGCCACCUACCAAGAGCAACUAAAUCGCGAAACUAUUCACGCCUAUUGGACCAACUAUCUCACCGGCGCGCAGCCAACACUGUUCCCCACCAACGGCAACCGGGAUUUUGAGGACUUGAAGACGCUGAGGUUUCGCUUUGAUCUGGGCGCGGCUGCAGUGCACAAGAUUUGCGUCGAAUACAAUGCCACAGCAGCCAAUCUUUGUCAAGUAGCCUGGGCGCUCGUGCUUGGUUCUUACGCGGGGUCGGACGAUGUCUGCUUUUCAUACGUCAACUCUGGCCGCCACGCUCCCCUGAGAGGCAUUGAGGAUGCAGUCGGCGCCUUUGUGGACGUCAUGGUCUGCCGAGUAAGGCUCUCUGGGACAGCGACGGUGUCUCAAACACUGUCCAGGGCAAAGCAUGAUGUCAUUGAAGGCUUGUCUCGCCCAGGCUCGCUCAUCUUUGAAGACGAAAAGCAAGGCCAGAAGAUUUCGGAGCUCAGAGGCAACACCAUCAUGACCUUUCAGAUGGGAGUAGAAUACGAAAGCUUGGCAAGAUUGGGUCUCGAAAUUGUAAUGCUCGAUGAAAUCACUGCUUCCGAGUAUGAUAUUUCGCUCAACAUUCAGCCUUGUCAAGGAGGUCUCGAAAUUCAACUCGACUAUUGGCUCUCACGAGUAGACCAGCACAUUAUUGAAAGUGUCGCUGAGAGCUUCCAAACGGCACUAGCAUGUCUGGUCACCGAGAAUAAUGCGCCGUUGCGAGGUGUCGAUGUUGUUUCUGCAAGGCUAAUCGAACAGAUGCGCAAGCGAAACAUGUACAACUCGACUGAAACGGGCAAUCUUUUACAUGAUUUGGUUGAUACGCAAGCUGACCUUGGACCUGAUGCCUUGGCUGUGUCGGGUUGGGACGGGGAACUUACCUAUCGACAUCUCAGCGAGAAAGCCAACAAGCUGGCCUCGUACCUUCAGAAACUGGGUGCUCAGCCAGAGAUGAUGAUCUGUAUGUGUUUUGAAAAGUCCAAGUGGGCAGCCAUUUCGCAGCUAGCAAUCCUCAAAUCGGGCGCUGCGGUGGUUCCCCUCGGUACUACUCAGCCGAUGAAGCGCCUGGAGACGAUGAUUGGAGACACAGAUGCAGACAUCAUUCUAACCACGAGCAACUUUGCCGGUCGGUUUGCCGCCAUGUUUCAACAUGUUGUCGUGAUUGAUGAUGCACUCAUGGCGAAGCUCCCGCCUUCCGCGCCAAGUCCCUGCUCAGCGACCCCAGCCAGCCUCGCUUUCGUUGUCUACACCUCUGGUAGCACCGGCGUGCCCAAAGGUGUUAUGAUUACACACGAGAGUAUGUGUAUCAGCCUUAGAAAUUCCGUGGAGAGGAUCAAUAUUGGCCCAGAUACCCGCAUGCUUCAGUUUUCGGCAUACACGUUCGAUGCAGCCAUCUUUGAUUUCUUUGCCAACUGGAUCACUGGCGCCUGCGCGUGUAUUGUGUCUGAAUACGAUCGAUUAAACAGACUCGUGCCCGCCAUGUGCGAGCUCAACGUGAAUUGGGCCUGCUUAACACCAACAAUGGCGGAGAUAGUUUCGCCAGAAGAGGUACCCUUGCUAAAGCAUCUAGUCUUGAUUGGUGAAGCAGUCAAGCCUGGUGUUGUUUCCCGAUGGAUUGAUCACGUAGAGCUUUGGAAUGGCUACGGACCGACCGAAUGCUCCAUCAUCUCUAGCUGCAAGCUGCUCACACGGGGGUGCAACACGCUGAAUCUCGGCUUACCCAUCACGGGUGCGUUUUGGGUUGUUGACGCCACCAACACAGAUCGUCUUGUGCCCACAGGCGCAAUCGGAGAGCUACUUAUCCAAGGCCCUCACCUGGCCCGGGGCUAUCUCAACGAUCAAGACAAAACCUCACUUGCAUUCAUCACUGAGCCAGCGUGGGAAUCCAAGUAUGCAUUUCCCACUUCGACUCGCUAUUAUCGCACAGGUGACUUGGUCCAGCAAGAUCCUGACGGGAGUGUCAUUUUCGUGGGGCGACGGGAUACACAGGUCAAGCUGAGAGGCCAGCGCGUCGACUUUGCCGAAAUUGAACAACAUCUAAUGGACCAUGAUUCUGUGGUUGAUGCUGCAAUCGUACUAGCUGCUAGUGGGCCAUGCAAAGGCCAACUUGUUGCGCUGGUUACUCUUGAAGGCUUCAUAUCGCGACAGUUGCCUCCAGCGACGCUGAUACCUAUCGACCAAAAGGUUAUGGCGCGAGCCAAACUUCAAACGAACAUCUUGAGCGACUGGCUCUUGGACAGAGUUCCAGAAUACAUGGUACCAACAACUUGGAUACCAGUCACCAGCAGAUUAUUACAAACCGAAUCUGGCAAACUGGAUCGUGUCGGGUUAGGGCGUUGUGUCAAUGCGGUAGAUGCGAAUUGGCUCCAAGAGUUUGAAUCUGUUGGAGAGGAACACGCCCAGGAACUUGGUGCAACGCCCCUUCAGUUGCGAAUCAGAGACAUGUGGGCUGAAAUUCUUCUUUUACCUAUUAUUCGAGUUCCAAUCGACCGUCGAUCGUUUCUGAGCCUAGGUGGCGACUCCAUCACGGCAAUGAAGGCGGUUUCCCAAGCCCGGAAACAGGGCAUCACGCUGACUGUUCCUGACAUUCUGCAAAGCAAGUCAAUAGCCAAGUUGACUGAAAAGCUUGAGUCUACCCAAGGGUACAUGUUUGAUACUACAGUUGCAUGCAAGCUGUUUCCACUAUCGCCAGCUCAACAAUGGUACUUUGACUGGGUCUACCCUAUUGGCUCCGGGUCUACUCCUGGAAGCCCCCUUUGCUACACUCGAAGCAUAUGUCUACAGGUCAAUGAGCAAUUCGACGAAAAGAAUGUUGCUACUUCUGUAUCUACCCUUGUUUCCAUGCAUCCAAUGUUGCGCGCGCGUUUCUUGGUCGACACUGCCAACGCGUGGCAGCAGCAAGUCGCUGCGCACCAUGAUGAUGCAUACGGAUUCAAGGUGAGCCACAUACAAAGCCUUGAUGAGGUCAAUGACUUGGCAGAAUCUACAGAGCAAGAAAUUUGUAUUGAAAAUGGACCUGUAUUUUCUGUUCAUUUGAUGCAGCUCGAGGCAGACGAAGAAAGUAAGCAGCUGUUGUUCAUAACGGGACAUCAGCUCGUCAUGGACGAGACAUCUACCUCCAUCAUUGUUACAGAUCUGGAAAAGCUACUGCGGCAAGAUCACUCCACCGUUUCGUCGGUUGAGCUUCCUUCCUUCCAGGCAUGGAUUCUAGGUAUGUCGGAAUUACAUAACGAAGCAGCUGAGCCUGCUUCGGUACGUCAAAUACCUCAUGUCAAGUCUCUGGUAUCCACGCCUAGUCUCGAAAGCUGUGGCUUGACAGGUACCGAGUCAGCCAGCGAGGUCAUUGUGUUUGAGGAGACCGACACCCAACUGCUUCUCAGCGAUGCCAAUCGAGCCUUGCGAACAGAGCCAGUCGAGCUGAUUCUUGCUGCUUUGACAACGUCAUUUACCACCGCCUUUUCAAGUCAGUUUGUUCCCGCACUUUUCGAAAACUGCCAGGGAAGAAAGUUGUUUCGCGGUAGCAUGGACAAUUCCAGGACAGUGGGCUGCUUUAGCACGGUGAUGCCACUUCGUCUCCCUGCUGCUAACAUUGACAACGCUGUUGAGAUUCUAAAGGAGACCAAGGAUGCUAGAAGAAACCUUGGACUUGGCUUGCACAACCGGUACAACAACGAUUCAAAAAGUGCUGAUGAAACACCAGCCGUGACUCGUGACACGAUAAAGGUAUUCUUCAGUUUUGAUGACUCGGCUCAUCAAAUACAACAACAAAGCACACUGUUCAGCCAGCAGACCUUGACAGAACUCAAACAGUCGUCAUCAAGGGCCAAGAUUGGACGGAAAUUCGCAAUUGAUGUUGAUGCCACAAUAUUGCAGGACAAGCUCCAUGUCAGAUUUAAUUUCGACCGCAGCAAGGAAUAUGGAAUAGACGCUGGACGCUGGCCUCGCCACUUUCAUGAAUCCAUGCGAGCUUUGUUCACAGAUUUGGAAAAAACACAAUCCAUGUUCACGUUGAGCGACUUUCCGCUCAUUGAAUCGACAUGCCAGAGGCCGAAAACUCUCCAAGAUCAAGUUUUGCCCAGCCUCGGGCUACAGCCAGAGAAUGUCGAGGACAUGUAUCCCUGUACGCCCAUGCAAAACGGCAUAUUGAUGAGUCAGGCGCGAUCGCCAUGGAUGUACCAAACUCAUAUGCUGUGGCAAUUGCAAUCUCCAGACAAGCACAAAUCUCUGCGUGUGGAGCGAAUCAUGCAGGCGUACCAGACCUUGACGAAUCGACAUGCCAUGUUGAGAACAGUCUUUGUGCCGCGAACCUCGAAUGCCGGAAAUGGUGCCUUUGAUCAAAUCGUCAUCAAACAGUAUACCGCCAAUGUAGAGCACAACAUCUGCCAGGAAGAUGACCCCUCGGCUCUGUUGGCCACAAUGACCAACUCUUUGGCAAUUGACUACGGACGCAGUCCCAACCACAAGUUUAGAGUGUAUUCAACCCCGUCUGGUCUCGUCUAUGGCCAUCUUGUCAUGAAUCACGCGCUUUAUGAUGGGUUCUCGCUCGCUUUGAUGGAAAAGGAGCUCACUGAUGCCUACGAGGAGAGACUCACGUCCGACAGUGCAGCGCCUCCAUACAGCGCAUAUCUGUCGUUUCUCAAGCAAAGUGGAACAGAGGAAGAUUUACAAUACUGGCUUGGGUGUUUGGCAGAAGCUGAGGGCUGUUUUCUCCCUGCAUCGAGCGAUAAUGAAUCGCAAAGAAAAGGCAAGAUUGAAGUUGCCAGCCCUCCUGCGCCUGCACGCAGACAACUUGUCACAGCGAGCCUUGAAAAUGCAGAGUCUCUCCGAAAGUUCAGCGAGAGGCAUUCAGUAACCACUGCAAACGUCUUCCAGCUCGCCUGGGCUCUGGUCUUGUCCAAAUUUGUCAGAUCUGACGAUAUCUUGUUUGGCUAUGUGUCCAGCGGCAGGGAUGUGCCUGUACAUGAGGCACACCACAUCUUUGGUCCAUUCGUCAAUAUUUUGGUGAGCCGGAUCAAACUUGACAUGGACUUGAGUGUUUCGGAAAAUCUGCAAAGAGUUCAGAAACGUUUCUUUGAGAAUCUCAGCCACCAGCGUACUCCGCUGGUUGACAUCUGGCACGCACUCAAGACUGGGGGCCGUGGUUUGUUCAACACAACUCUCUCCUACAGGCAGCUUGAUUCCGCCGGCGACAAAGGACUUGGCCUCAUUCAAAAUACUGUUGCACUUUUGGGUGAUAGUGAAUACGAUGCAGGUGUCGACAUUGUGGCAUCCCACAACAGUGUUUCGGUGAGUUUGGAUUAUUUGCCUUGCUUCAUGGAUCGCGGUGCAGCAACGCGUCUUGUCGAUUGCUUGUUACAGACGGUCCAUUCUCUGGCACAAAGCGAAAGCUCAUCGCUUCGUAACGUGGCAACAACAACAGAUCAGGAUAUCCAUCAGAUCUGUCAAUGGAAUAGUAGCAAUCCUUUAUCCGCGCCGCAACUUUUGAUCCACGACACUGUUUACUCUCAGUGCUGUCAAGAUCCAAUGGCCAAGGCCAUCUGCGCAUGGGAUGGCGACUUGACGUACUCUGAGCUGGAUCAGCUUGGUGAGCAGCUCGCUUUCUACCUGACGUCGAGUCUGGAUGUCAUGCCUGAGACCGCGAUUGGCGUCUGUUUCGACAAGUCAAAAUGGGCAAUUGUUGCACAACUGGCUAUCCUCAAGUCCGGUGCAGCAAUCGUACCAAUUAGCCCAAACGAUCCAAUGCAGCGCCUAGAAACAAUCCUGCAAGAGGGUGGAGUUUGUACACUUCUCACCACAAGUCUUUACACUGACCGAUUUCUUGACAUUAUCCCAAACGUCAUUCCUGUUGACUCGAAUUCGCCAUUCUUUCACAAUGGAACGCUGAAUAGGCGAGUAGCCUCCAAUGUCGAGCCAGAGAAUGCCGCGGUCGUCAUACAUACCUCUGGUAGUACCGGGAAUCCAAAGGGUGUCGUACUGACCCAUGGCUCAAUCUCAUCGAGCCUUUCAGCACAAGGCAAGAUGUUUGGGCUGGGUUCUCAAACUAGAACCCUUCAAUUUGUGUCUUACACUUUUGAUCCGAGCAUUACCGACAUUUGGGGUACCUUGAGCCAUGGAGGAUGCGUGUGCGUCAUGUCAGAAGACGAAAGAAUGAACGACCUCCAAGGCGCCAUCCAGUCCUACAGCGCGAAUCUUGUCAUCAUGACGCCUACGGUAGCAACUUUAUUGAAUGUUUCCGAGCUUCCAUCACUGGAGACGCUUGUACUUGGUGGAGAGUCUUUGAAGCCAUCCUUGAUCGAAAAACACCUCAAAGCACGACAAAUCAAAAUCUUCAAUGCCUAUGGUCCAUCAGAGUGUUCGAUAAUUACUACCUGCAACGGGCCCAUUCAGCACAAAAGCGAAGCACCUAAUAUUGGGCGCCCACUGCUCGGAAGCGUCUGGCUUAUUGACGAUACGGACAAUAUCUGCCCUAUCGGUGCUGUCGGGGAGAUUUGGGUUGAAGGGCCGUUACUAGCCCGUGACUAUCUCAACAAGAAACAUCUGACCGAAAAAGCAUUUCCCAUUAAUCCACCCUGGGCGGGUCGCGUUGGACUGCAGGGCAAACGAUUUUAUCGAACCGGUGAUUUGGCGCGGCAAGAUGCCAACGGGAAUAUCUUUUACGUUGGAAGGAAGGAUUGGCAAAUCAAGAUUCGCGGCAAUCGAGUCGAGCUAGCCGAAGUUGAGCAUGCCAUUAAAGAAGUCUUGAGUGGGUUACAGAAUGUCGUGGCAUGCUUCAUCUCUCCCAAACAAGGCUUCCACGGGCCUCUUAUUGCUGCGAUAUUGGAGCAAAAUCGCGAUUCACUAGACCUUCAAGCCAAUGUGGCAGGCUCAGGCUCAGACUUCCAGAGGAUUUCAGCAGGAUUUCAGAAGGAGUUGAUUUACUUGAAAAGGGCUCUUUCGAAUGUCUUGCCGUCGCACAUGAUACCGAGUCUGUAUGUCCCGAUAACACGGCUCCCAUUGACAGCUUCGGUUAAAGUCAAUCGGCAACUCCUUUGCCAGACCCUUGAAGGCUUUUCGGAACAAGAACUCUUGCACUACAGUCUUGCGGAUAUUGCCAAGAUAUCUCCAAAGUCUGAGACUGAAAAGAAGCUUCGCGCUCUUUGGGCAAAGGUUCUCCAGCAUCAACAUGAUCAGGUGGGAGUAGAGGACAACUUCUUCCAACUGGGUGGCGACUCGUACCUAGCCAUGCAUCUUGUUGCCUUGACCCAGACUGAUGAUUCAAAUCUUCACUUUACCGUGUCUGAUGUACUUCAGCACCCGACCAUCAGAGAGUUGGCGCAAGCCGUCGAGAAACGCAGGACAAUUACUCAACAAUCCGACACGGGAAUGGCGCCAUUUGCCUUGUGGAAAGAGUACCGAGAGCUAGAUGAUGGAAAGAGUAAAUCUGAUUCUUUGCAAGAUUUACUUUGUCAAUUAGCCACGCAAUGCAAUGUACCGACCCACGACAUCGAGGACGUCUAUCCAUGUACCCCGCUACAAGAGGGACUCAUGGCGGCUACGGCUCAGCAGCCGCGGGCCUACAUUGCACGCUGGGCGUUCCAGAUGCCACAAGAUCUGAGCCUUGAACGUUUCCAAGAUGCAUGGAAGAUUCUCAUCAGAGCGGUGCCCAUACUUCGGACUCGUAUUGUGCCCGGACGCUUGUCAGGAGCAUUGCAAGUAGUUGUUCGCAGCACUUGUCAGUGGCACACAAGCUAUGGCCUUGACCAAUACCUGGAUAACGAUGUUGCACAAUCCAUGACAUACGGUACGCCCCUAGUCCGUUUGGCUUACAUCAAAGGCAGUCAUGGGCGGCGAGACUUUGUCUGGACAGCUCACCACAGCGUAUAUGAUGGAUGGAGCUUGCCAAUGCUUUUCGAGGCUCUCUCGCGUAUUUACUUGUCGAAUGAGGUCCCUGCAUCGCUUACUCCAUAUUCCAAGUUUAUUCAGUACAUAGAAUCACAGGACCCAGCAGCAACAGCAGCCUUUUGGCGAUCGGAGCUGGAGGGAGACUUGGGCAUGCCUUUUCCCACGCUGCCCAGCCCAUCGUACCAGCCGGAUCCCGCGCAAAGCAUCCGUUGCAAUUUCAGCGUAAAGCCCUUCAAGCAAUCGUUUACCUUGGCUUUGAUACUACGCGCGGCAUGGGCGGCUACCGUUUCUUCCAAUACUGGCGGUACAGUUCUUCUGGCGAUGCCACUUUCGGGACGAAACGCACCAGUCAACGGGAUACUGGACAUGAUGGCACCUACCGUCACAACAGUGCCAGUUCGAAUUCAGGUGGAUGAUAAGCAAGCUGUUCAGGACUAUCUAGCUGCCGUGCAACAGCAAGCUGCCAACAUGGUACCUUUGGAACACUCUGGUCUUCAACGCAUUCGUUCUAUGGUCGGACGGGACAUUAAUCCGCAGCAUCUCUUCGCCAUACAGUCCUUUCGGGCCAUGGGCAAGACGACAUUCGACGGCCUACUUGGUAUGAAACAGAUCACGCUGCCCAUGAACGGAUUCGACAACUACGCCCUGAUUGUUGAGUGCUGUACCGAUUCGCAAGAUGGAGCAACCGUCGAGAUCCUGGCUCGGUUUGACGACAAGGUGCUUUCCCGCACCCAGAUUCAGCAUCUUCUCAACCGUUUUAGGCAUGUAUUUGAACAAUUGAGCCAAAUCUCUACCGAAACCUGCGAGAAGAGCGCCACCAAGCAAAUGAGCUGCAUUGAAUACAUUAGCCCAGAGGAAGUUGCCCAAUUGGCCACAUUGAAUCGCGAAAUUACUGGAGACGCACCUUGCCUUGUACAUGAACUGAUACUGUGCCACUCAGCUACCACACCUGAGAGGACUGCUAUUUGCGCAUGGGAUGGCGAGCUCUCUUUCCGGCAGCUGGAUCAAUUGUCCGAGGCGCUGGCAAACCAUCUAAACGAGCUCGGUGUCGGACUUGAGUCACCGGUACUUCUUUGCUGUGACAAGUCCAAGUGGGCUGUUGUUGGUAUCAUGGCCGUACUGAGAACAGGUGGUUGCGCAGUACCCGUCAAGGCAAAUCCUAUGGCACGUCUUCAGUCCAUCAUCAAGACCACUGGAGCAAAGGUGGUGGUCACAAUGUCUGAAUUCGCCUCUCGGUUGCAGGGAGUCGUUGAUCACGUCGUGAGCAUGGAAAAAGUAGCAAUUUCAAAGUCAAAAUUGCCUUCAAGAUCAAGCAAACAAUAUCCAAGCACACACAACGCAUCCUUCAUCAUGUUUACCUCGGGCUCUACGGGAAAUCCCAAGGGGGUUGUCCUUGAACAUGGCUCAAUGUCAAUAGCCAUUCAAUCCAUGGUGAGGAGGUUUGGGGUCAAUAAAGAUACGCGCGGAUUUCAAUUUGCUUCCUUGACCUUUGACAUGUCCCUCCACGACAUUCUGACUCCUCUUGCAGGCGGUGGAUGCGUCUGUCUGCCGUCCGAAUGGGAAAGAGUCAACGACUUGGCCAAUGCUAUUCGCCGACUUGGGGCCAACUACGCCAUGUUGACUCCAAGAGUCCUGCACACUAUCAAGCCUUCAGAAUGUCCUGGCAUGCGUACCCUGAUGAUUGGCGGCGAGCGAUGUGACAUUGAACAGUUGAAGCUGUGGACUCCCCAAGCUAUGGUAUAUCAUGUAUAUGGCCCUUCCGAAUGCUCCAUGAUAUCCACGGCUGCUGUUUUCAAUGGGAUCGAGACCUUGCACCUUGGCCGCGCUAUUGUUGGUGCCGUUUGGGUCACAAACAAGGACAAUUGCAACCAACUGUGUCCUCUCGGUACCGUUGGAGAAUUACUGGUUGAAGGACCGCUAGUUGCUCGAGGGUAUUUCAAGGAUGAAGCCAAGACAUCUGCCUCUUUCAUUGACAGCCCACCUUGGCGAACACAGCAUGGACUGGUUCCCAACAGUCAGCAGCAACGCAUGUACCGAACUGGUGAUUUGGUUAUCCAGCACGAGGACGGCUCCCUUGUCUUUGUCGGUAGAGCAGAUCAACAGUUGAAAAUACGAGGGCAGAGAGUCGAUGUGGGAGAUAUUGAGCACUAUAUCGCUUUGCAACCAGAAGUUGAAGAUGGCGUCGUUCUCUACCCCCAACAGGGACCAUGCGAAUCGCGACUUAUCGGACUAGUGACUCUCCAUGAGUACAUGUCUGCUACCGGUUCGACACAAAUACAGCCUUCCUCCUCAGAUCGCCUGCCGGAAGCCAUUGCACUGACCGAAAAGCUCCGUUCAAGAUUGGCCAAUGUCUUGCCAGACUACAUGAUUCCCAAUGUUUGGAUCUCAAUGGCAUCCCUGCCACAGAGUGCCCAUCACAAGGUCGACCGUCGAAAGCUGAUGGACUGGGUACAGUCUCUGGAUGCAGACUAUUUCAGAUGUAUAACUGCCGGUAAAGAGGAAGCGCCUCAAAAACCAGCGACCAAAAUCGAGGAGCAGAUACAAAGCGUCUUGGCUGACAUUCUUGGACUACCGUUGGAAGACGUCUCAAUGGGUCGCUCGUUUCUGAGCAUGGGCGGCGACUCGAUCACGUCCAUGCAAGUCGUAUCUCAAUGCCGGUCGCGGUACGGAAUCUUGAUCCAUGUCCGCGACAUUCUGCAGAGCAAUUCAAUCACUCAACUUGCUCUAAGAGCCGUUACAGAUGCCGCCAUUGCGCCAUUGGCGAGCGCUUCCGGUGGUGAAUUUCGACUUUCACCCAUUCAGCGACUAUUUUUCAGAUCCUUUGCACCUCGCGGCUUGGACUGCAAAGACGAGAACAGGUUCAACCAAAGCGUCUGUCUCGUUGUCAAUAAACACGUUGAUGCUGAUGAGAUCGAGCGCGCGGCUCGAGGCGUGGUUUCGGCUCACCCCAUGCUACGCGCCAGGUUCGUCAAGUCUGGAAAGCGAUGGAAACAGAGAAUCGAGAAUGAUGUUGACGCAUCAUGUAAUGUUAUCUUUCACCAAGUCGGAACUCGUGCAGACCUUGAGAGUGUUAUUUGGGCUGGACAGCGCAGUUUGAGUGUUGAGCAAGGUCCAGUAUUCUCAGUACACUGUAUAGAGAAUACCGCUACUUGCAGCCAGCUUCUGCUCCUGGUGGCGCAUCACUUGGUGGUUGACAUUGUCUCGUGGCAAAUCAUCCUUCGCGACCUGGAUAAUUUGAUUCAGCAUCCCGAGCUUAGUGUCCCUGUCGAGUCGACAACUUUUCAGCACUGGUUGCAACUCCAAGCCAGUCGAGCUCAGGAUAUUGGCUCACCUCGUCAAGUUCUCCCCGUUCAAACGUCAAUGGCAGAUUGGAGCUACUGGGGCGUGACCCCCGAGAGAAAUACCUAUGCGGACCGCUUGAACGAGCACUUUACGCUCAAAGAUUGCGCAUCCGUCUUGUUCGGCGAGAACCAACCGUUGAGAAGCGAGCCUGUCGAAGUGCUUCUAGCAGCUUUGUUCUAUUCGUUUCACCAAGUUUUCCCAGAUCGCCCUGUCCCAACAGUCUUCAACGAAGGUCACGGACGCGAGCCAUGGAGCGACGCAAUUGACCUUUCCAACACUGUGGGUUGGUUCACAACAAUGACUCCUAUCCACGUACCGGUCGGCACCAGUGAUAUCGUUGAAGUAUUGAAAAAGACCAAAGACUUGCGAAGAAGCAUUCCUGGGCGCGGCUUUGCCUAUUUCACGUCAAGAUUCUUGACCCGCGAUGGACAGCAUGCAUUUGCCUCACACGACCAACCAGAGGUCAUGUUCAAUUUCGGAGGACGGUAUCGAGACGAUACGCACUCGCGGAGUUUACUGCGCAUGAGCAACGAUUUUAACGACCCUCACAUCUCAGGGAUAGGCAACAAUGUCAAGCGAAUUGCCGUGUUUGAGGUUGAAGCGUCGGUACAACAGGACAACUUGGUUCUUACAUUGGGCUUCAACAAGAAUAUGCAUGACCCCAAGCGUGUCACUCGCUGGAUCCAGGCUUAUCAUGAAAGUCUUCGAGACCUGCUUCACCAGUUGUCCGUCUUGCCAGCUAUGCUCAGCUUGGCUGACGUUCCAUUGCUCAACACCACGUAUGACGACUUGCACCGGCUGGAAAGCGAGCGUCUUCCUCUCGUCGGCAUUGAAAGCAUGGACUGCAUUGAGGAUAUCUAUCCUUGCUCGCCUGCCCAAGAGAGUAUCCUGAGGAGCCAGGCUAGGGAUUCAUCUAUGUUCCAUGUGCAGUCCAUGUGCGAAUUCCGGGCGCGUGAGGCCGCUGCCGUGGACCCUGAAGCUCUGAUACGCGCGUGGCAAACGGUUGUAUCUCGACAUGCAAUCUUGAGGACAGUGUGUGUAUCGCCAACGCUAGAUGGAGAUGCUUUCUGCCAAGUCGUUUUGAAACAAUACGUACCAGAAGUUUCUGCAGUUCGCUGCGAGACGGCCGAGGACGUAGACUGCGCAUUCAAUUACGACGGCCGAUUCGGGUAUCCAAAAGGGAAGCCGGAACAUCAGUUGACUCUAUGUUUAGUUUCUACUGGCCAAGUAUUUUUCCAACUCUCCAUCAACCAUUCGCUUGUGGACAUUUCAUCUCUGAACCUCAUCAUGAAUGAGGUUGCACUGGCUUAUGAAGACGGUGUUUCGGACAUGCCUGCUCCAUCGUUCAGCAAGUAUAUUGCGUUUUUGCAAGAAAUUUCGAUUGCCGAAUCUACAAAAUAUUGGACAACUCGACUUGCUGAAGCAGAGCCUCGCUGCCUGCCGAGAUCCUCGGCCACAGAAAGCCAGUCACUCGAUAAUGCGCACGUCGAAAUGGGCAACUUGGAGACUCUUUACCGUUUCCGCGAUACAUAUGGCGUCACGAUUGCCAAUAUUCUACAGCUGGCGUGGGCGCUUGUUCUUGCGAAGCACUCGGGAUCCAACGAUGUUCUCUUUGGCUACGUGGCCAACGGGAGAGAUGCUCCCAUCGAUGGCGUGUCUCAAAUGGCCGGGCCUCUGAUCAACAUGAUGGUCUCGCGCAUCUGCUUCCGCGGCAAGCAACUCAGCGUCGCAGACACAGCAAAACAGGUGCAGAAUGACUUUAUGGAAGCGUUCAAGUAUCAGCGAGCAUCACUCACAGACAUUCAGCAUGCUACCGGGCUGUCGGAGAGGCAGAUGCUUCACACGGUAGUCUCGAUUGUGCGUGAGUCGGGCGGCCGUCGCAACAACAACGUUGGUGUUUCUGUGCACGGUCAGUCCGCAACCAGUUUGGCCGAUUACGAUGUGAGCUUGAAUGCGGUUUGUGGAGAGCGCACAAUCAAAUUGUCUCUCCAGUAUUCUCCACGAUAUCCGGGCAGCCUAUCUGCAAAGUUUCUACUGGACAAUCUGCAGCAAACAGUCUUUGAUCUGGUUGCGAAUGGUGAAGCUUGUAUUGAAGAGCUGCAGAGAGCUUGA